AUGGCGAAUGCACCACCAUUGACCGAAGCCUUCUACCGAGAGUGGUUUGCGAAACAAACUGUGCUCCUGACUGGAGCAACGGGUGGCCUAGGCGGGUGUCUCCUGUUCAAACUUAUUCAUCAGGUACCUGUUCAGAAAGUCUUUCUCCUUCAUCGAAGCUCCGAGGAAGACACCAUCGUAAAGCUGCGCAGGAACAUGCCCGGAUGUAUCGAUGAAGGCAUGAGCACAGGGCAACUGGAAUUUCUCAAGGGGGACAUCACUGCGGCGAACUUAGACCUGGAUGCGAGGCAAUUAUCUGUACUUCGAAAGGAGACAACCGUGAUACUCAACACAGCGGCAAAUACGUCUUUCGUUGCAGAUGUCCACGAGUCUUGCAAGAACAAUUGUCUUUCAGCGCUAAAUCUGGCCCAGCUUGGAUCAAGCUUCCCACAGCUCGCCACAUUCGUCCAGGUGUCCAGUGCCUACGUCAACAGCUUCCUGCCCGAUGGAGAGAUCGCGGAAACUAUCCAGCCGUUUGGUGCAGAGGACAUCGACUGCGAAAGAGAGCUCAACGAGAUUCUCUCCUCAAGAGGACACACGAACCGGACGAAGCAAUGGGCCUGGCCCUAUGCACAAGCCAAGUACCUCAUGGAACGACUGUUGGUUCAGAGAUACGGAUCUCGGCUACCCUUGCUCAUCCUACGUCCCUCCGCCAUCGGGCCAGCUCUUCGAGAUCCAUACCCUCUCUUCGGUCCUGCGGGCUCUAACCCUGUUGAGAACGCCCUGGAGACCUAUCUGGCCACUGGGGGCGGGAGUCGGGUCUGGAGAGCCGCGAGGGGCUCAACCAGCGGCAACUACAUUAUGGAUGGGAUUCCAGUAGAUCUUGUCUCACAUGUCUGUCUGCUUCAUUUGGUGCAAGGAUCGCAGGGGGUCAUUCACGCUGCUGCUCAGCUAUACGUGGUCCUAAAAAUGGCUGAGCUGAUCGCGCUAGCCGCGCCUCACAUUCCGUUAGACCUCGCGAUGCCGGUGCCAUGCUUUAAGUGGGACGUGGAUGGGGGCAUGGAGUCCUGCCCUGUGGCUACAAUGUUCGGUUUCCAGGGCCACAACUGGUCCUUGAAGGCUGUGGAUGGCCCACUGAGUUUGAGCUCUGAUGGGCAUGAUGCAAAGGCCUAUAUAGAGCGGCGGAUAAAGAGGAUCAUUCCGAGCACGCGCGAGAAGAAGAAAAAGGUUGCGGAUAGGCGUAGAGGUAAGUCGAAGUUAUGA